GCAUCUCCCCAGGUGACCACGACGGCCUCAGGUCAUGCACGGACACAACCGAAACGGGCAGGCCCAUGUGCCCCGGCGGAAACGCCGCAACCGCUUUGUCAAGAAGAACGGCCAGUGCAACGUCUACUUUGCCAACCUGAGCAACAAGUCCCAGCGGUACAUGGCAGACAUCUUCACCACCUGUGUGGACACGCGCUGGCGGUACAUGCUCAUGAUCUUUUCGGCGGCCUUCCUUGUCUCCUGGCUCUUUUUUGGCCUCCUCUUCUGGUGCAUUGCCUUCUUCCACGGUGACCUGGAGCCCAGCCCCUCGGUGCCUGCUGCAGGAGGCCCGGGGGGCAAUGGUGGGGCAGCCCCGACGGUCCCCAAACCCUGCAUCAUGCAUGUAAACGGCUUUUUGGGAGCCUUCCUGUUCUCGGUGGAGACACAGACGACCAUCGGCUAUGGUUUCCGGUGCGUGACAGAGGAGUGUCCGUUGGCGGUCAUUGCGGUGGUGGUCCAGUCCAUUGUGGGCUGUGUCAUCGACUCCUUCAUGAUUGGCACUAUCAUGGCCAAGAUGGCACGGCCCAAGAAGAGGGCACAGACGCUGCUGUUCAGCCACCAUGCAGUCAUCUCAGUGCGCGACGGCAAGCUCUGCCUGAUGUGGCGUGUGGGCAACCUUCGCAAGAGCCACAUUGUGGAGGCUCACGUGCGGGCGCAGCUCAUCAAGCCCUAUAUGACCCAAGAAGGUGAGUACCUGCCCCUGGACCAGCGGGACCUCAACGUGGGCUAUGACAUAGGCCUGGACCGCAUCUUCUUGGUGUCACCCAUCAUCAUCGUGCAUGAAAUUGAUGAGGACAGUCCACUCUACGGCAUGGGCAAGGAGGAGCUGGAGUCAGAGGACUUCGAGAUUGUGGUUAUCCUUGAAGGCAUGGUGGAGGCCACGGCUAUGACCACACAGGCCCGCAGCUCCUACCUGGCCAGUGAGAUCCUGUGGGGCCACCGGUUCGAGCCUGUGGUCUUUGAGGAGAAGAGUCACUACAAGGUGGACUACUCACGAUUCCACAAGACCUAUGAGGUGGCUGGCACGCCUUGCUGCUCUGCCCGUGAGCUUCAGGAGAGCAAGAUCACAGUGCUGCCCGCCCCACCGCCCCCUCCCAGUGCCUUCUGCUAUGAAAAUGAGCUGGCCCUCAUGAGCCAGGAGGAAGAGGAGAUGGAAGAGGAAGCUGCUGCAGCAGCAGCUGUGGCUGCAGGCCUGGGCCUGGAGGCAGGGUCCAAAGAAGAGGCAGGCAUCAUUCGGAUGCUUGAGUUUGGUAGCCAUCUGGAUCUGGAACGCAUGCAAGCCACCCUCCCGCUGGACAAUAUUUCCUACCGCAGGGAGUCUGCCAUCUGACCUCCAGGCCCUGCCCUCCUCUAUUCCUGCAAGAGCCUCUGCCGGGGGUGGGAUGUCAGGACAAGCCUACCACUCUCAGGACAGAGUUGAACAUGGCUCCGUGGACCUGGAGGAAGGUGGGGGCUUCAAAGACUGGGAGAUCCCUUCCUGUUGACUGCAGAGCCCAGGACUGGGAAGGACCCAGGUACUCAGCCCUGCUGGCCUGAGCCCCGCCCCCGGCACCUCCCCACAGGUGGCUCUGGGCCCCCAGACCCUCCACCCUUUCCCACUGACCCUUCAAGGAUGUACCCCUUCUGUUCUCAGGACCUUGGGGAAGGCGGCCGGACUGCUGGGGGGUGGGCAUCAUGGGAGUUCCGGGUGGGCAGGGUGGGUCUGGGGAGGGGGAGGGGUGUGUUUCUUUUGCAUGACUGUGGUCUGUGCUCUUGGCUCUCUUUUGUAAAUAUCUAUAAAUGGAAGAGAUGGAGUCACAAGUCCACCUCUGCCCGUUUCUACCUGUGAGACAGAGAAGCCGCCAACCCCACCCCACCCAGCCCCAGCCCUACCCGGCUGGCUGGUCCCUUGAGACCCUUGAAGCCAACUCUGUGUGGUGUUGGGUUUGGGUACAGAGGGGACCCCAGAGGUGGGAUGAAUACCCCCUCCUUGCAGUCCCUCCAGUUCCCAUAUUGGUGAUGGCAUUUGUAACUAUUUUUAAUAAAGCAUAUGGUCCGUUAGAAGUAGGCUGGUAGAGACAGAGAGA